GUUAAAGAUGACUGUCUUUCUCUCUGAAAUGCACCUCUGGUCUUUGAAGAGCAUCUUAUAUGUUGAAGACCGAGAUAUUGGCAUCUAUCAGUACCAUGAUAAGAAGGAACCAGAGCCACAAACGAAAGUUGGUUAUUUAUAUGAGAAGCAACAAUUAGCAGAAUCUCGAAAUUAUCCUUGGGUACUUAAGAACAAACGUCCAGAAAAGCUUCGAGACACACUUAAGGAGCUAGAGGAAUUGAUGCAAAACAGUCACUGUGUGCUGAGUAAAUGGAAGAGCAAGGAUGUCUGUCAGCUCCUCUUUCCUUCAGGUAUACUGGCAUCCCUAAGCCUUUCUGGACCGCAGCUGGAGCAAGUGAUGAUUGACAAAACCCUGAUGGGAAAGCUCAUCUCUAACACUAUCAGCGAUGCUGUGCUUACUGACAGUUUCAUGAUAUUUUCAUUUUGGGAACAAAGCAAACUCUGUUUCAUUCAAUUCACAAAAAAAGCAAAUUCUCCGGAUGUAAACAAAAGACUUGAAAAACUCUCAAACUUCGAUUUUAAGAUAUCUUAUGUUGAUAUACCAGAACUAGGAAACAGAAGAAUAAAACAUCAUCUGACAAUAAAUAUUGUACAGAAUAUGGUUAUUUGCUGGUGGUCUAUUGCGAAGGAUGAAGUUUGGCCGUGGUCUCCAGUGUCUAGCAAAAGAGAGAGAGCCAACUUGCUACUCUUGAAAUGUGAACAUGGCAACUUAGAGAUUCUGAGUUAUAUGCAUACAGAUGGGGAUCCACUUGAUGUCAGAUUUAGUAUGUGUAAUCCACACCAGAUUCAUACUGUGGAACAGUCUUUCAGUGCAGAUCAAAAGCCCAUGGUUGACAGCUGCAUCUAUGAAUAUGUUAGGAAUAAAGUUCAUUGUGUGGCAAUCACCAAAAUACCAUUAACAUCAAAGGCCAUCAGCUGUUGCACAAAUAUUACAGAAGACAAACUUGUUCUGGGUUGUGAAGAUUCUUCAAUAGUUCUAUAUGAAGCCUACCGUCAAGUAACUCUAGUAACAGAAGCAAAGCUGCUGCCUGCAUUAAUGUGUUGCCACCCCAGUGCUGCCAUCAUUCUUAUUGGUAGUUCACAAGGGGAGCUACAGUUAUUUGACAUGGCACUGUCUCCAAUUAAAAUGCAGCUUUUAGCUGAAGACUUCUCACCCAAAUCCACUCUACAGUUCAGUGAAAAAUUUGAGGUAUCCAGCAGUCUCACUCAGAUCCAAUGGGCUGUCCCACAAGAUUCUUCUCAGGACAUAGAUGUUUUAGAUAUACAUGAUCUUCUAUUACUCAGAUUUGACAAAGGACCUAUUGGAGUGCUUCAUUUCAAAACUGGUGUCACCCCAAGAGGACAGCUUGGCCUUGUGGAAAUCAUCCAGGAAUAUAUUCAUCAGGAUGAGAUAUAUGAGGCAAUUAAUAUCUUAAAUGGCAUGAACUGGAACAUAAUGGGUCAUCACUGUUAUGUAAGCCUAAGUGCUAUAAUAAACUACCUUCUCAGACAAAAGCUGACACACACGAGAGAAGCUCAGCUGGAGGCAACUCUUGGGACAUUUUAUGCACCAACCCGGCCUUUGUCUGAGACAACUGUGUUGGAAUACAGGGACCAGAUCAGCAGAUAUGCACGAAGAUUCUUCCACCAUUUGCUCAGGCACCAAAGAUUUGAAAAGGCCUUUCUGCUAGCAGUUGAUAUAGGUGCCCGUGACUUAUUUAUGGACAUCCAUUACUUUGCACUAGAUAAGGGUGAAUUGGCACUAGCUGAAGUGGCAAAGAAAAAGGCUAACAACAUUGACACAGAAUCAAUAACUACUGGAGUUGAGAUUCCAAGACAUAAAGACAAAGAAGAUAAUCUAAGAGAACCUGUCGUGGACCUGCUUAUGGCACCACAAGAACAGAAAUUUGAAGGCAGACUCCCACCAUGUAGUAUAAAUGAUGAAUUCUUCAAACAUAUGACAUGCAACAGCUCUACAAGUGAAGUAAACAAAAGGGAACAUGAGUUUUUAACAGAUUUUUGUACUAAACAGGAGAUGGACAAACCUGCAUCUUCAUGUCAAACAGAAAAUGUUCAGGAAGUACAUGAGGAACAGCAGGAAAUUAGAGGAAACAGCUCUAUCAAAGUGGUGCAUUUCGGUCUGGUAUAAGCCAGAAAUAUUGAUGCAUAAGAAAGUUAUGGUCCUACACAUCACUUGUUGUGAAAAACAAAAGGCUUUCAACUAACAUAGAUUCUGAAAUCAUGUUCAAAUAAUUCAGUAGUAAAUAUUAACUGCUUGUAAUCUCAGCUACUUUCAGUGGGAGAAAGUUAAGCAAGUGAUGAAAUCAAGGGGAAUUGAGUGUGCUUGGUUCUGCCUGAAUCUACUGUUUUUAGGCAGGACUCAGUCGUAUAACUUAUUUAUAUAAAACAUGGGACCUUAUAGCUACUGUAUUAUUUGUAUGUUCCUAGAUCAACAUAUAUGAUGACUAACCACCAUCAACAUUAUACUGUAUAUUUGGAAUAAAAUAAGAUUGUUUUUGUCCUAGAUGGAAACUGCCUCAUGAAUUUAUUUUAUAUUAACUGAAAGAUACCCAAUACUUGUUGAUUCCAUAAACAGGCAAUAAAAUAUUUUUAAUUGUGUACUUUAUAGGCUGAUAAAUAGGUCUGACC